AUUCAGUCAAGAUAAUAAUGUUAAUUCGAUUCAAACAACUGAUUCAGCACUUCGGUCAUGUGUGAAGUCAUUCAGUUUAUUUCCCCAUGAAACAAUACUGCAUAUUUUACAGAAAAUGUUAAUUAACAUUCAUGUCAUAUGAUUUUACAUAUCAUUGAUACCUAUAAAUUAUUAUUAUUAUUAUUAUAAGUAGGCUACGUAAUAGAAGUAACCCAAGUGGGACCAAUGAAGUUUAUGCCCUAAAGCACAUGACCUGCUAGAAGUGACAUCAUUUCCUUGGAGGGAAAGCAACUCCAAGAACAAAACACCAGCAACAGUGGAAAUGGCCACAGGAGAUCUGGUGCCCACACACUUCCCGGCACGGCGGGCGGCUCAGGUGGCCCUGCAUUACCUGAACACCCGUCACGGCUCGCCCUUCAGAGUGUUUGGACUGCAGCAGGUUCACAAGGCCAAGGCGGAGGACGUGGGAACGGGAGGGAGGAAGUACAGCCUGGAUUUCUCCGUGACUGACUACGGCAGUUCGGGCUCAGUGCUGCAGUGCUCAGCGGACGUGUUGUUCCCGAGGACGGAGAAGCACAGUCCUCCUGAAGUCCAGCUGCGCAGUGAGAAUCUGCAGCAGCUCAGCAGCUCGUCGGAGGAGGAGGAAGCGUUCUACCAGAAAUACAUCUCACCCGACAGCGCCAUCUCUGUGCACGACAUACCAGACAGCUACGGUAACAUCAGUCAAGACAUGAAGCCGUUUUGGCAUUUGGCUCGUGUGGCGGCGUCGUUCAUCAUGCUGAGAGAGUCCAGUGAGAACACGGAGUAUAACAUGGCACAGGUGGCCAACGUCACCCAGCAGGAGACGAGCGAGAAGCAGCUGAUGCUGAAGUAUCACGUUCUUCUUCAUGACUUCGUCUCCCAGGAGAUUGUUCACUGGAAGCUGCUAUCAUCCUGGUCUCCUGAUGGGGGCGUCAGAGUGCUGGAGACGGAGUGGCAACCCAAAUGCCCUCACGCUACCAAACCACCAUUGGCAAACUGAGCUCACUCUCACACACACUCACACACACUCACACACACACACACACACACACACACACACACACACGUGCUGUCUGAUCACGAAUCAACAUUAAUAAACAGAGAAAAUACA